GUCAUGCAAAAAUUAAAGCACACAUGCUUACUCUUUAUCCUAUUGUUAUGCAUAUAUGACUCUUCUGUGCUCCCCUCUUUGUUCCCCUGUCUGUUACAGGGACAAUUUCACCUAAAUGGAAUGCACAAGGCAGGGGAUGUCAUGCUUGGGGGCCUUUUUCAGGUCCACUUUUUUUCUGUCUUUCCUGACAUGUCCUUUACUGCUGAACCACAACAGCUUACAUGCCACAGUUUUGAUGUUUUAGGAUUUAGACAGGCUAAGACCAUGGCUUUUGCAAUUGAUGAGAUCAACAGAAACUCCCAGCUGUUACCCAAUGUGACUUUAGGGUACAGUCUGUAUGACAACUGCCUCACUCUUGGAGUUGGAUUUCGCGCAGCACUGGCACUGAUCAAUGGUCAGGAGGAGCAAAUUAUUUUGGAUAAAAACUGUGAAGGAAGCCCUCCAGUUCUGGGGGUUGUAGGAGACUCUUCGUCGACACGUUCCAUCGCUAUCUCCACUGUCUUAGGUUUGUAUAAAGUGCCUAUGGUAAGCUAUUUUGCCACAUGUGCCUGUCUCAGUGACAGGCAGAAGUUUCCAUCUUUCUUUAGGACAAUUCCAAGUGAUGCUUUCCAGGUGCAUGCUAUGAUUCAGAUAAUGAAAUACUUUGGCUGGACUUGGGUGGGUUUGCUGAUAAGUGAUGAUGAUUACGGGCUCCAUGCUGCCCAAUCCUUCUAUUCUGAUCUUGGUGCAUCAGGGGAAGGCUGUCUUGCCUAUUUAGAGAUUUUGCCCUGGGAAAAGGAUUUGACUGAAUUUCAGAGGAUUGUGGGUGUGAUGAAGAAAUCCACAGCCCGUGUUGUUAUUGUGUUUGCACAUGAGAGUCAGAUCAUUAAUCUCAUGGAGGAGGUUGUGAGACAGAACCUAACAGGCCUUCAGUGGUUGGCGAGUGAAGCUUGGUCUACAGCUGCUGUGCUUCAGACCCCUCACCUCAUGCCCUACCUUGGUGGCACAUUGGGCAUCGCUAUCCGUCAAGGAGAGAUACCGGGCCUCAGGGAUUUCCUGCUACAAACACAUGCAGAUCUACAACACAACAACAGCUAUGAAAACAGCAUGAUAAAUCAGUUUUGGGAAUUUACAUUUAAGUGCAGAUUUGCACCAACCCCAUCCGAUUGGGUUGAAAGUGGGGGAAAGGUUUGCUCUGGAGAUGAGGAUUUGGAGGCUGUUGGGACUGAGCUCUUAGAUGUUUCUGAUCUCAGGUCUGAGUACAAUGUUUACAAAGCUGUGUAUGCCCUGGCAUUUGCCCUUGAUGAAAUGUUCCAGUGUGAACCAGGGAAAGGCCCUUUUAAUAAUAACAGCUGUGCUACUUUGCAAACACUUGAACCAUGGCAGCUCGUGUAUUAUUUGGAAAGGGUUAAUUUCACCACAUCAUUUGGUGAUCCAGUUUCAUUUGAUGAGAAUGGUGAUGCUCUACCAAUAUAUGAUGUCAUGAACUGGCUAUGGCUCCCUAAUGGACAAACAAAAGUGCAAAAUGUUGGCGAGGUUAAAAAGUUAUCUUUCUCUGGUGAACAACUCACACUUGAUGAAGACAACAUUUUCUGGAACUUCAAAUCCAAAAAGCCACCUCGGUCAGUGUGCAGCAACAAAUGUCUUCCAGGUACGCGUUUGGUGAGAAAGAAAGGAGAACCUCGAUGUUGUUUUGACUGCAUCCCCUGCUCUGAUGGAAAGAUCAGUAAUGACACAAAUUCACUGGAGUGUUUCAGCUGUCCAGAGGAUUUCUGGUCCAGCCCCCAGCGAGAUCACUGCAUACCUAAGAAAACAGAGUUCCUCUCCUACCAGGAACCUUUAGGGAUCUGUUUGACAGCAGCCUCAUUGCUGGGCACAUUUAUCUGUGCUGUUGUUCUAGGGAUCUUCUUCUACCAUCGCGGAACACCUAUAGUACGGGCCAACAAUUCAGAACUCAGUUUCAACCUGUUGCUUUCUCUCAAGUUAUGCUUCCUCUGUUCCCUGCUGUUUAUUGGACGACCUAGAUUGUGGACAUGUCAGCUGAGACAUGCAGCAUUUGGGAUCAGCUUUGUACUUUGUGUCUCUUGCAUCCUGGUUAAAACCAUGGUGGUUCUGGCUGUUUUUAAAGCCUCCAAACCAGGAGGUGGAGCCAGUCUCAAGUGGUUUGGUGUUUCCCAGCAGAGAGGAACAGUUUUUGUUCUGACCUCUGUUCAGGCAGCAAUCUGCACUGCUUGGCUUGUCUCUUCUUCCCCUUCUCCACAUAAAAACACCAAAUACCACAAUGACAAAAUAGUUUAUGAAUGUGUGGUUGGUUCCACUGUUGGUUUUUCAGUGUUACUGGGAUACAUUGGGAUACUGGCUUUUCUUAGCUUUGUGUUAGCAUUUUUGGCGAGGAAUCUACCUGACAACUUUAAUGAGGCCAAACUCAUCACUUUCAGCAUGCUGAUCUUCUGUGCUGUGUGGGUGGCCUUUGUUCCUGCUUAUGUCAGCUCGCCCGGCAAAUAUGCAGAUGCAGUAGAGGUCUUUGCUAUCCUGGCCUCCAGUUUUGGUCUUUUGCUGGCCCUUUUUGGGCCCAAAUGUUAUAUAAUAUUGCUGAGGCCAGAGAGAAAUACAAAGAAGGCCAUCAUGGGAAGAGAAAUGGAGAGAUAAAAUAGUGGCUUAUAUGAAUAUCUCUUGAAUUUUCUUUCCCAGUUUGUUACGUUAUAAAUAGACUUAGCUGUACUUUAACUUUAUUUUAUGUGACACCAUAAAAACAGAUGUGUUAUAACGUAGAAAUAUGCUUUGAUAUAAGCAUUACAUUUUUAUCUGGCUAAACAUUUAUGGUUAUUCUACUGCUAAAGCCUAAACCCCCACCCCAGUCAUAGUGCUUCUUCUCUAAAAGGUUUUCUCCCAACAUUGCCUUGUAUUUAGCUCCAAUCAUCUUCAAAUCAAUAAUAAAAAUGUUUUGUCUGGUCUCACAAGGACAUUCUGUUUCACAUGUGUGCAUGUGCUAAACUGUAAAUUGGACAUGAUAUUUAGGCUGUGACUCCCGUCUUGUCUCUCAGUGCCAACUAAACAAAUUGUUGAUGAAUUGAGUGAGCUCGUGCUGUUCUUUGAAGAGAAAAGGAACAGCUCAUGCUGUUCUUUGAGAGCCUAGAAGGUAGAAGGAUCUCUGUCAGGAAUAUGUUUUGGGGUUUUUUACAACACUAGUGGCUGAUUUUUUUCGACAGUAGGCUGACAGGAAAGGGGGUAUGAGAAAGAAGGAGAGACAUGUGGGAAAGGACCACAGGUCGGAUUCGAUGAGCACUAAGGCCUCUGUACAUGAGUGGUGUGUGCUAACCACUGCACCACCUGCACAACCGAGGUUGAAGGAUCUCAACCCAGCAGUUAGAAUUAAACAUCCUUAGUGCUAUUGGGCAGAAUUAGAUAAUAAUAAUUA